CACGGAACGGAAGAUUCGCUGUCUCAAUGGACGUGGUACCAGCCUGGGCCCCAGCAGUGGGCUUCACACUCCUGCCCCAUGCAGGAGGAGUUUUAGGAAGCAGGAUAACCAAACAGAAAAUCCCAGUGUGGUAUGAAUCUCUACAGAAGCCAUCCUGGUGUCCGCCUAACUGGGUGUUUGCUCCUGUUUGGGGAACUCUCUAUACAUUUAUGGGAUAUGGCUCCUACCUGGUGUGGAAGGAAUUAGGAGGCUUCAAUGAAAAGUCAGUGGUUCCUCUGGGUCUGUAUGCAGGGCAGCUGGCAUUAAACUGGGCAUGGACUCCAGUAUUUUUUGGAGCUCAAAAAAUGGGAUGGGGUUUGGUGACUCUCUUGCUCACAACUGGUACAGCAACAGCUACAACUGCUUCCUGGUCUAAGAUCAACAAAACAGCAGCUUAUUUGAUGGUUCCUUAUUUAGCUUGGCUAACUAUGGCUUCUGCCCUCAACUACCGUAUCUGGAAGGACAAUGGCAGCAAGAAACAAGCUGAAUAAACAAUUUUCAGUUGAGAUUUUAAUUUUUUUUUUCCUCCAGAAGAAUUUUCUAAAUAAAGUUACAGCCUCUCUUUUUAGCUGAACUACUUACACCAUUAGUCUGCUAAUUACAAGUUGACAAAGCAGUACUUGUUUGAAAUAUAUAUGCCUUUACUAGGUGAGUCACAAAGGGGUGUAUGCCUGACUGGGUUUUAUAGCAAAGCAAAAGACAGUGGUGAUUAAAAAGCUGUUUUUUUUCAGUAUUACAGCAUUGUCUUUUAUAUGACAACAGCAUUUUAACUAUUACUAGAACUAAGCAUAACUCCCAGCCUGAUUAUGCUCAGAGGAAGAAAUCCAGACAUAUAUUAACACAGCUUCCAGAAUGCUGCUCCUAAGAGGGGUAGGCAUUAUUGUAGCCUGAAUCUUUCAUGUCUGCCACUAGACACAGUGCUUCAGUGCUAUGAUGUGUCCCACUAAAGCUGCCAGGUAUUUGUUUUCUGGUCACUGAACUCUGGAAUGUUUAAGACAAGAUCUUUUUCACAGUGUGUGCCUUCCCACUCUGAAGCAUUGUGCAAUCAAUCUAGUUUCGGCUAA